GUCACCGAUGAGGAGCCCAGUUCCAACCACACUGUCAUGAUCCAGGAGACCCUGCAGCAGGCCUCGGUGGAGCUAGCUGAGCAGCACCAUCUGGUGGUGUCCUCUGAUGACGUGGAGGGCAUUGAGACAGUGACCGUGUACACACAAGGCGGGGAGGCCUCCGAGUUCAUCGUGUAUGUACAAGAGGCUGUUCAGCCCGUGGAGGAGCAGGUUGGGGAGCAGCCGGCCCCAGAACUCUAGAGGACCUUAGUCUCCUUCAGCAGCCUUGGCUUUGUGGGCACCGGGGACCGCCUAACCCACCAGGCCUGUGGAAUGGCACUGUCCUUGCCCUUCCUGCCUACUGGCCCGGGUGGUGUUCUCUACACUGCCCUUUGUGUGAUCAAAGCCAGUGCGUCACCAGCAAUACACAACCCCAGCCCUGAGCACAAGUCACACCCCUGGCGCAGCUGCCUCUGUUUCCAGAAGACUUUUACAUCCACUGCCCUGCCCUGCUCCCUCCUUGCUCCAGGACCCAGAGAUUCCCAGCCCUUUGCUCCC